UUAGCGGCAAACUUUGUAAUAUUUCCAAAUUUUGGUAGGGAAAUACCCAGAAAAUCACAUUUUUAUACCAUAAAAUCAAAUACAAGUAUGUGGUACAGUAUUUGGUACCAAAAGUCUUCAUAUGUGAUUGACCAUUUAUGACUGGCCAUAUCACGUGGCCAAUCAUUUAUGGGGGUUACUUUGUUAGUGCUAUAGGAUUACUCAUUUGAUCAGAAGUUACUCUUUCGAUCAGGGUUAUUAAGUCAGUCAAGGGGUAUUUGGUCGGUCAGGAUUGCUCGUCGGUUAGGUUUUACUUGGUGUGUGUCAGGUGGUUGUGUGCCCAGUCACACGCAAAAGUGUACUGUGUGAUUUUGGUAACCAUACUGCGGUGCGAGGGCUGCGAAUCUGCGAUUUACUGUCUUACUGACUACCCAAAUGCCCAAAUCCAAUUAACCAGCGGAGAUGGUUGAAUAGAAAGGUCAAAGAAGGAAUCAGGAAAUUUCACGAGCAAAGUCUACAAUGGCGGAACCAAAAGAAUCUUCAAAAUCCUCAGAACUCCCUCCUCCACUCUUUUUAGAGGUGGCUUGCAAAAGUUCAGGAAUUGUGAGGCGAUUUGCCCCAGGAACAAAGGCAGGUUUUGCAAUAUCUUUGAUCAAUAAUAAACUGGAUGCUACUUCCCCUCAUGCUUUGUACAUUGAAGCUGUUAAAUCUGGUGAAGAACCCAUUAAUUUUGGACCCAGUUCUGUUCUUCUAAGUUAUGGCAAUGGUUGGAACUUGCAAACUGUUUUGGACUCUCAACAAGUUAACAAGAAACGUGACGGCGUGCAGGAAUUAAAUGCUGGAGCAAAGAGACAAGAUUCAGAGCCAACUAUCAAUUAUCUUUACAUUUUGAAGAUAUUUGUUGCUCUUCUUUUCAUUUUUCUACUGGGUGGGAUUUUUACAGUAGCUCUUGAAAAUCUACCAAGACUUGUGCUGUUCAUCAACUCGUUUUUGUAGUUCUUGAUCUUUUUCUGCAUUGUAGCAACUAUAUCAAUAAUUUUUCAUUUGUAAAUGACGAGUAUGUUCUCAUUUUACCUGGAGAUAAUGUAAAUUCUAAUUCUAAUUCAGCGUAA